CUGGACCGAGGGCCGCUUCCAGCGGGCCGACGAUGCCCCCUACGGUGGCGGGCCGGGAAUGGUGAUGCGCGUCGAACCGCUCGUCGAGGCGGUGGAGCGAUCGGCGCGCUCGCCUCGGAAGAGCCCCGGGUCAUCCUGUUCUCGCCGCGCGGCCGAAGGCUCGACCAGGACCUGGUGGCCGACCUCGCACGGGAGCCGCGGCUGCUGCUGGUCGCCGGGCGGUACGAAGGCGUGGACGAACGCUUUGCCGCGCUGACCGAAGCGGAGGAGGUCUCGGUUGGAGACUACGUCCUCUCGGGCGGGGAGAUUCCGGCAAUGGUCGUCGUGGACGCCGUGGCCCGCCUGAUCCCCGGGGCCGUGGGCGACUCCGAAUCCGUUGUCGACGAGUCGUUCGUCACGGGUUUGCUGGAACACGCCCAUUACACCCGUCCCCCGGUCUUCCGGGGCAGGGAAGUGCCUCCGGUGCUCCUUUCGGGGAACCACGAGGCGGUUCGCCAGUUCCGCCGCGAACAGUCCGUAGAGCUGACCAGAAGCCGCCGCCCCGACCUGUUCCGGGCGUUUGCCGGAGAAAGAGACGCGGCCCGGAAGUCGAAUCCAGAUACGAAGGAGAAACCAUCAUGA